UUCUUUUCCCAUCUCAUGGUCGAGAUUCAAAGUCAUGAUUCUCUCCAGACAAAUUUUGGCCUCAGAAAUGAGAAGCCAUUUAUGGGCUGAAAGUAACUGUCGAAGGAGGACUGGAGGAGUAAUUACUCAAAUCUUCUUCCAUUUCGUUCAAAUUUGCAGCUGGGUUUUGCAGAGUUGGAUCAAUGGUUCGGUCCAUGAUGGUGAAGAUGACAGGAUGAUUGGGACGUCAGUCCUUCAGCAGACCCAUCUUUUGAUAGCACAGGAGGAUCCGAUACAAAGUUCUGAACUAAGGGUAAGGGAGCAAGAAUGCUUCUCUCUGUUGCAGAAAUGCAAAAGCAUGGAAGAAUUCAAGCAAGUCCACGCUCAAUUCCUCAAGCUGGGGUUAGAUGGAGAUCCUCGUCUCCCCGGCAGCCUUGUCGCGACCUGCGCUCUAUCGAACUGGGGAAGCAUGGACUAUGCCUGUUCAAUCUUCAGGCAAAUCGAUGAACCGGGUCCAUUUGAAUUCAAUACCAUGAUCAGGGGGCAUGUAAAGGAUGCAGACCCACAGACGGCACUUCUCUUAUAUGUGGAGAUGCAAGAGAGAGGGAUCAAUCCAGACAACUUCACCUACCCAUUUCUUCUCAAGGCCUGUGCUCAGUUGUCAGCACUUGAAGAAGGGAUGCAAAUCCAUGGGCAUACUUCCAAGUUUGGGUUUGAAUUUGAUUUGUUUGUGCAGAACAGUUUAAUCAACAUGUAUGGGAAAUGUGGCCAGAUAGAACUCUCAUGUAGAGUAUUUCAGCAUAUGGAUCAAAAGAGUGUUGCUUCCUGGAGUUCUAUUAUUGCUUCUCAUGCUAGCUUGGGCUUGUGGGGUGAGUGCCUGAGGCUGUUUGGAGACAUGUCCAGUGAGGAUUGUUGGAGGCCUGAUGAGAGCACAUUAGUUAGUGUUAUCUCCUCAUGUACCCAUUUGGGUGCUCUUGAUCUAGGGAGGUGCACUCAUGGGUUCCUGCUGAGGAACAUGACUGAGCUCAAUGUAAUAUUAGAGACAUCAUUGAUAGACAUGUAUGCCAAAUGUGGUUCUCUAGAGAAAGCUUUAUCUGUCUUCAACAAGAUGCCCAGAAAGAAUCAAUUGACCUACACUGUCAUGAUCUCAGGGCUCGCCGUGCACGGCCGCGGCAAGGAGGCAUUAAGGAUCUUCUCAGACAUGCUUAAAGAAGGACUAGAGCCAGAUGCAAUCGUCUAUGUGGGUGUGCUAAGUGCAUGCAGUCAUGCAGGGCUCGUGGAUGAGGGCCUACAGUGUUUCAACAGGAUGAGAACUGAUCAUCAGAUUGCACCAACAAUUCAACAUUAUGGAUGCAUGGUUGACCUCAUGGCUCGCUCAGGGUUGCUCCAUGAAGCAUAUGAUCUCAUCAAGAGCAUGCCCAUGGAGCCAAACGAUGUUGUGUGGCGCUGCCUCCUUAGUGGCUGCAAGGUUCACCAGAACCUGGAAAUAGGAGAGAUUGCUAGUAGGAACCUUUUCCAGUUAGACCCACAUAAUGCUAGUGAUUAUGUGCUUCUGUCGAAUAUGUAUGCACAGGCUCACAGGUGGGAUGAUGUCGCUACGAUACGAACCAAUAUGGUGCAGAGGGGCUUGACCCAGAUGCCUGGGUUUAGCUUGGUAGAAGUGAGGAGAAACAUACACAAGUUCGUUUCACAAGACAGGUCACACCCCGAGAGUGAUGUUGUGUACGAGAUGCUUUACCAGAUGGAGUGGCAAUUGAGGUUUGAAGGCUACUCCCCAGACACUUCUCAAGUUCUGUUUGAUGUGGAUGAAGAGGAGAAAAGGCAACGGCUUAGUGGCCACAGUCAAAAGCUGGCUCUUGCCUUCGCUCUUAUACAUACAAGCCAAGGAUCCACCAUAAGAAUAGUCAAAAACCUCCGAAUGUGUAAUGAUUGUCAUACGUUUACUAAAAUGGUUUCUAAGAUCUUUGAGCAAUCAAUCCUGGUUCGGGAUAGAAAUCGGUUCCAUCAUUUCAAGGACGGAACUUGCUCUUGUAGAGAUUACUGGUGAAUGGAAAUUAUGUGGCCAAACCCUCCUUUUUAUAGGGGCAAUUUUGUUUGCUCCAUUUCAUUGUGAUGAGUUUCUUAUUACCUUGUUCUGAUGAGGAACUGACUUCAUUGUCAGGAGAUUUUCAAAGAAAGGAGCAAUGGACAGCCUCUUUAACUCCGCCCGUGUGAGCUUGUUUGGUACAGAGACGUUGUGUUGCUUUUGUGUUUUGGGUUUGAUCAAUACAAAUUUGUGUGAGGAAGUGGUUAAUCUUUGAAAA